UUUGUGUGCAUCGUCUAUUAGGUAAUUCGUGAGAUUGAAUUAAUGUAAAGCACGGUAGAGAUGAUGUAAAGCAGUAGAAAGUGUCAACAACGAAUUGUCACAUAUCACGUUUGAAGAUGGCUAAAUUUUAUAAGCUUGAUAUAAAUCGAACAGAGUGGGAAAUACCUCAAAUAUAUCAGCAACUUCAAGCAGUCGGUUCUGGCGCAUAUGGACAAGUAUGUAAAGCAAUUGUCCGUAACACAGGCAUGAAGGUGGCCAUAAAGAAAUUAGCACGUCCAUUUCAGUCGGCUGUUCAUGCAAAACGAACUUAUCGCGAAUUGCGCCUGCUCAAACAUAUGGAUCAUGAGAAUGUCAUAGGCUUAUUGGAUGUAUUUCAUCCCGGACAGCCUCCAAAUUCUUUGGAAAAUUUUCAGCAAGUAUAUUUAGUAACACAUUUAAUGGAUGCUGAUUUAAACAAUAUAAUCCGCACCCAAAAACUUUCUGAUGAUCAUGUCCAAUUUUUGGUCUAUCAAAUUUUGCGUGGUUUAAAAUAUAUUCAUAGUGCUGGUAUAAUACAUCGUGAUUUAAAGCCUUCAAAUAUUGCCGUAAAUGAAGAUUGUGAGUUGCGUAUACUUGAUUUUGGCUUAGCAAGGCCUGCAGAAAGUGAAAUGACGGGUUAUGUGGCCACCAGAUGGUAUCGAGCCCCCGAAAUAAUGCUCAACUGGAUGCAUUAUAAUCAAACUGUAGACAUUUGGUCAGUUGGUUGUAUUAUGGCAGAGCUUCUUACAGGGCGUACCUUAUUUCCCGGCACUGAUCAUAUACAUCAACUUAAUUUAAUUAUGGAGGUUCUUGGUACUCCCACAGAGGAUUUUAUGCAAAAAAUUUCCUCAGAAAGUGCUCGAAACUAUAUACGAGCAUUGCCAAGAAUGUCUCGUCGAAACUUUCGAGACGUAUUCCGUUUCGCUAAUCCAUCUGCAAUAGAUUUACUAGAAAAAAUGCUAGAGUUGGAUGCCGAAAAACGAAUUACAGCAGAACAAGCCCUAGCUCACACAUAUAUGGAAAAAUAUCAUGACCCUAGUGAUGAGCAAACCUCUCCGUUGUAUGAUCAAAGCUUCGAAGAUAUGGAUUUGCCAGUUGAAAAGUGGAAAGAACUUGUAUUUACAGAAGUAUUAAGCUUUAAACCACCACAAGCCUUUGCCGAAGUUCUUGAAAAGUGCAAAAGUGAUGUUUAAAUGUUUAUGCA